GACACUAUUACGACUUUUACGGCAGAUGUUUGACAGCCUGGCGCGGAAUUUGUAAACAAAACUGAAGUCACACAAUUAGAGGUAGGAUUUUCUCUUUAUUUUAUUUUUCAUCUCUAAGUCUGGCGAGUUAGUCUUUUAUUUGCCCCGUGUCUUUUGUUGGAGGUGAAAUAAGUCAACAGAUGAACACUUUUUGGUUUCCUGAGCUGAUACUAUGUUUGGCUAGGUACCUCAGCUAACAUGCUAACACAGCGGGUAGGUGAAAGUUGGGCUGCUUCAUGUGAGUGUAGCCAGGCAUGCUAAUAGUGCGCCUCCUCGGGAGAUAUUUGCUACGAUCUGGUAUACAGCGGCCGGGUGUCCCGCAGAGGUGGCUGUGUGCGGUACAAAGCGUACAGUGUGCGGAGGCAGUCAUGAUCCGGAGCCGGACUCAGAUCAAACGGGUCCUGUGUGUAGCUGAGAAGAAUGACGCAGCUAAAGGUAUCGCAGAGAUCAUGUCCAACGGCCGGUCCAGAAGGAGAGAAGGGCUGUCCAAGUUUAACAAAAUUUAUGAGUAUGAGUAUCAUCUCUUCGGUCAGAAUGUGACUGUAACAAUGACCUCAGUGUCAGGUCAUUUACUGGGUCUGGAGUUUAAAGCACCCUUUCAGAAAUGGCACAGCUGCAAUCCUGUGCUGUUAUUUGAUGCUGAGGUAGAGAAGUAUUGUCCAGAUAACAUGACACAAAUCAAGCGGACACUAGAGAAAGAGGUGAGGCAGUGCCAGGCCUUAAUCAUUUGGACUGAUUGUGACAGAGAGGGAGAGAACAUUGGCUUCGAAAUAAUAGAUGUCUGCAAAGCAGUCAAGUCCAAUAUACAAGUCUUUCGUGCCAAAUUCUCUGAGAUUACUCCCAACUCCAUUCAGAGAGCUUGUGAGACUUUAACUGAGCCAGAUGCAAACAUCAGUGAUGCUGUUGAUGUGCGUCAGGAGCUAGACCUGCGGAUUGGUGCAUCCUUCACUCGUUUCCAGACCCUUAGACUUCAGAAGAUCUUCCCAGCGUCUCUGGCGAAUCAGCUGAUCUCGUAUGGCAGCUGUCAGUUUCCCACUCUGGGCUUUGUGGUAGAGCGGUUCAAAGCUAUUCAGGCUUUCAUCCCUGAGACUUUCUACAAAAUCAAAGUGCUCCAUGAGUUUGAGGAGGACACUGUAGAGUUCAGCUGGAAAAGAAACCGUCUCUUUAACCACACAGCUUGUCUAGUGCUCUACCAGAUCUGCAUGGAGGAUCCCAUAGCAACAGUCACUUCAAUAACCAGCAAACCCAAGAGCAAAUGGAGACCACUGCCUUUGGACACUGUGGAACUGGAGAAACUUGCUUCGCGGAAGCUGAGAAUAAAUGCCAAAGAGACCAUGAAAAUUGCUGAGAAACUAUAUACCCAAGGGUUUAUCAGCUACCCCCGUACAGAGACAAACAUUUUCCCUGCUACCCUGGCUCUCGGCCCCCUGGUGGAGCAACAGACAAACAGCCCAGCCUGGGGAACAUUCGCCCAGAGGGUGCUUGACCAGCCUGGGGGUCCCAACCCACGGCAGGGCAAAAACUCUGACCAAGCCCACCCUCCCAUACACCCCACAAAGUACACUGGCACUCUGCAGGGCAAUGAGGCUCGUGUGUAUGAGUUCAUCGUCCGGCACUUCCUGGCGUGUGUGUCCCAGGAUGCUUUGGGGCAGGAGACAGUUGUGGAUAUAGACAUUGCCCAGGAGAAGUUCUCUACCUCUGGACUCAUGAUCAUUGCAAGGAACUACCUGGAUGUUUACCCAUAUGACAGAUGGACUGCCAAGGUGAUUCCAGUAUAUGAGCAAGGCUCCCAGUUUCAGCCGUCCGCUAUCGAGAUGGUGGACGGACAGACAAGCCCGCCACAGUUGCUCACCGAAGCCGACCUCAUAUCGCUGAUGGAGAAACAUGGCAUCGGCACAGAUGCAACCCAUGCAGAUCACAUAGAGACUAUCAAGAGCCGCAUGUAUGUAGGCCUGACUCCAGACCAGAGAUUUCUUCCUGGAGAGCUUGGUAUGGGACUUGUGGAAGGUUAUAACUCCAUGGGCUAUGAGAUGUCCAAACCAACCCUGCGUAGUGAAUUAGAGGCUGAUCUUAAGCUGGUGUCUGAGGGAACAAAGGACAAACGGAGUGUGCUGCAACACCACAUCCAAAAAUAUAAAGCUGUUUUUAUUGAGUCUGUCAGGAAGGCUAAGAAGUUAGAUGAAGCCCUGUCACCAUAUCUGGGUGCAGCUCAGGAGAUCACUGAAGCAGAGCAGCAGGACAUGGAGAUCCCCCUGCCGGUCCGAAAGUGUCCUAACUGUGGGCGGGACAUGGUGCUGAAGAAGAAGAGGGAAGGAAACAGUAAGUACUUGUCCUGUGUGGGAUUCCCAGCCUGUAAGACAGCAGUGUGGUUCCCUGACAUGGUGCUGGAGGUCAGCAGAGAUGACAGCGUUUGUCCCACAUGUCAGCCACGCCCCGUUCACAUGUUGAAGUUUAAGUUCCGCAGGGGCACCCUCCCUCCCAUGAUGCCUUUAGAAUUUGUUGGCUGCAUUGGAGGAUGCGAUGAGACUCUCAGAGAGGUGUUAGAUCUGAAAUACCUAAGACCAGGUGGAGGUGGAGGCCAAGGAGACCCUCGGCCUCCACCUCUCAGACCUCCCAGACCAGAACCGUCGAGAAUUACGAAUCCUCGACCUUCUCUUCCUGCUCCUAUCUCUUCCUGGACCCCCCCACAGCCUCGACCCCCACCAGGUGGUAGUGUUAGAGGUAUGAACACCAGCAGCGAUGCCAUUGUGUGUAAUUGUGGUCAGGAUGCAGUCCUCCUGACUGUGCGCAAAGAUGGUCCUAACCAAGGUCGCCAGUUCUACAAAUGCAACUCUGGUAGCUGUAAUUUCUUUCUAUGGGCGGAUCAACCCGACCAGCAGGGAGAGCCACAAGGUAGAGGACCUCCACCUAGGACCCCCCAGCCAUCCAGACCCUCUCUGGGCUUCAGGAAUAUAGCUGGAGAGGGCAGGGGGCUGGAAGGAAGGACAGGAGGAGGAGGACAUGUAGGACAGACUGUGUGCAACUGCAAUGAGGCGGUGGUAACGCGUACUGUGCAAAAAGAUGGUCCCAACAAAGGGCGCAUGUUCCAUGCAUGUGGGAAACCAAGAGAACAACAAUGUAACUUCUUCCAGUGGGCUGACGAGAAUGUACCUCCACAAGGUGGUUUUGGUGGUGGAUGUAACGGCAAUGGAGACAGACGGAUGAACGGAAAGAAGAAAAUGGGAGACAACACUGUUAACAAACCUCCUGCUGCUAAGAAACCACGGAACUGCGGCAUCUGCCACAUGCCUGGACACACCCGAGUCACCUGUCCACAGCGGUGACCCACACUGUGGAGUCAAUGGACACUGUGAUUCAAGAGUGUAGUGUAGUCAGAGACUUCAAUAAAAUGUAUCUCAGAUUGUAAGUGCCUAUUUACAUCUCUUCUUGAGAAAUCCCAGACAUUUUAUCUGAGCUUUACAUGAAGUAUUGUUAACACUGUUAUAAAACAAUACAUUUUAGACAUUUUGUUUCCAUAUAAAAGCUUUUUCUGUCUCCUCAGAUCUGCUAUGUGCAUGUUUAUUAUGGCUUUGUGGCUCCUGCGAGGAAAGUCAGGGGCCUCUUGGGGUCAUGUUAAAUUUUUGUGACUGUUAGUUUUGUCAGUUUGUAUCCAUAAAGUGUUGUUGCAGCCUUCAUGAAUAAUAGUUCACUGUUGAACUGUUCACGGAAAAGCUCCAACUGUAAGAAUAGACGCAGCGAUGCAGCACUGAUUGAGGAGCCGAACCACUUUUAAAACUUGUAGGUGUUUGUAACCGCGGUAACCUGAAAGUGCUUAAUAGUUAAUGGGAAAUUUUCUCAUUUGGCCUUGGAGCGAAUUAAUCCCUUCUACUGUGUUUUUCUGUGUUCACAAGCUUCACAGCGUGACUGAGAGCAGCUGGAAGACAGCGACUGUGAAGCAGGAACAGUGCUCUCCAAGAAGGAAUAAAUGUAUAUUUUAAAACAUUUCUGUUCAUGAUUAAUGACGUAGUUAAUGUGUUAUAUGUGAAAUUUUAUCACUUUCACAUCACUAACAAUCAGCAGCCAGUUCUUGAUUUGCCAGACUGUUAAUUGCUGUUGAAAGAACAGCAAAGCAUGUUCACACAUUGCAAAUAUAAUUACAGAAAAAGAGCUGUCAGUACCAAAGAUUUCUAUUUUAAUAUUGAUUAAUGCUAAUAAACUCUAGUGUAUUAUC